GAAUUGAGCUGGCAAGUGGUUGGGGUGCCGGUUAAAUUCAGUUUUCCAGUGUCAGCCUUUGUGGUGCGAUGCAGUGCAGACUUGCAGACUUGCAGCAGCAGCAGCAGCAGCAGCAACAAGCGGCCAGGGUCGUCUCGGGAUAAUAGCAAUCGAGCAGCCCUCCCCCCCCCGGGUGAGGGGAAGGGAAUCUCUGCCAGAACUCUGCAUAUAAAGACAGCGGCGACCCAUCAUGUAGGGCAUUCGAGGUGAUAAUUGUUAUUUGUGAUCUUCAUAUCCGAUCUAAGCCAGCCCAGCUCCACCAUGAAGUUAUUGCUUGGGAUAGCAGCCAUGCUGGCCACGGCUCGAGCCAGGCCAUCGCCUCGCGCGGGGCCGACCAGUCCGACUUAUUUCUUCACUUUUGGCGACUCCUACUCCCAAACCGGGUUCAGUGCCUCGGGGACUCAACCGUCUGCUGCGGCGCCGAUGGGGAAUCCGGAUUUAGGCAUCGGCACCACCACCAACGGCCCCAACUACAUCGGCUACCUGACCACGCAGGAGAACGCCUCCCUCGUGCUCAACUACAACCUCGCCGCCGGCGGCGCCACCAUCGACAACGCCCUCGUCCCCGCCUACCCGGGCGACCUCGCCGCCCAGCUCCGGCUUUUCGAGGCCGUCUACAGCGACAAGCCGGCCAGUGCGCCGUGGACCUCGCGCGACGCGGUGUUUGGGAUCUGGAUCGGGAUCAAUGACAUCGGCAACGCCUACGCCUCCACCGACGCAGCAAGCUACACCCCGCGCCUCAUCGCGCGCCUCAAGCAGCAAGUCGCCCAAAUCUAUGCGGCCGGCGGUCGCAGGUUUCUGUUCCUGAAUGUCCCGCCCACUAGCCGCAGUCCUUUGUUUUUGGAGCAGGGAAACGCCACCGUUGCGUUGCAUGCCGCGUAUCUGGCGACGUUUAAUAAGAAUCUGGAGGCGAUGGUGCAGGGGUUGCGGGGGGAGUUUGCGGGGGUGACGACCGUGUUCUACGACGCGUGGUCGUUCAUGACAAAGGUCCUGGACGAUCCGACGGCGUAUGGGUUCCCGGAUGCGACGUGCAUCAAUGAUGAUGGGGUGAGCUGUGUGUGGUGGAAUAAUUAUCAUCCGGGGAUGAAGUAUCAUUUGCUGCAGGCGGAGGAUAUGAAGAAGUAUUUGGGGGUUCUCGGGGGGUGGUAGGUUUGGUUUGUUGCUGGGUUGCUGUGCUGGGGUUUGGUUGUUGAGGGUGGGAUGGGGGAGGAAGGGAGAGGAUGGGUGAUGAGUAUAUAGCUGCUGUUGGGCAGUCUCUGUACAGUCUGUCAGACUA